AUGGAGAUGCACGAUCGAGCGAGGCGGGACUAUGAGCUCCAGGAACCAAUUGUUUCUACGACAGGGAUGCGACAAGGGCUGACAUCGUACGGGGAUGCUCACUUUUCGCUCUUCUUGCGCAAGGUUUUUAUUAAAGCAUUGGGGUAUUCGGAGGAUGCUCUCUCUCGACCCAUCAUCGGUAUUAUCAACACGGGGUCCGGAUUCAAUCCCUGCCACGGCAACGCUCCCCAACUGAUGGAAGCUGCUAAGCGUGGCAUUCAUCUAAAUGGGGGAAUAGCUAUUGACUUCCCAACGAUAAGCUUGCAUGAAGGGUUCUCGCACCCCACAAGCAUGUUUCUGCGCAAUCUCAUGAGUAUGGAUACCGAAGAGAUGAUUCGCGCGCAGCCCGUUGACGCGUGCAUAAUGAUUGGGGGUUGCGAUAAGACGGUCCCCGCGCAGAUUAUGGGAGGUAUAUCUGCGAACAAGCCCGUGUUGCCUCUUUUGACAGGACCUAUGAUGCCAGGAAGUCAUAGAGGGAAGAGAAUAGGUGCCUGUACCGACUGCCGGAACAACUGGGCCUCUUACCGGGCAGGAACUAUUGACUUGGAGGAAAUUGCGUCUAUCAAUGAGGAGCUUGCACCAACUGUUGGAACUUGCGGAGUGAUGGGAACUGCCAGCACCAUGGCCUGCAUUUCAGCUGCGUUAGGCCUAAUCCCGUUACAGGGUGCCUCAGCCCCGGCUGUAUCUGCUGCGAGACUGCGGAUUGCUGAGGAGACGGGCGCCAAUGCCGUAGCUGCUGCGAUAAAUCAAAGAACACCACAGACUCUCCUAUCUGUCGAAUCGAUCUACAAUGCCGUUGUUGUCCUCCAGGCUAUCGGAGGAUCUACCAACGCCAUGAUUCACCUGAUGGCAAUCGUUAACCGUCAUCCUCGUAUCAAGGGAUCAAUCAGCUUAAAGACCUUCGACGACAUAGGGCGACAUAUUCCCCUUCUGAUUGAUCUAAAACCAAGUGGUAAUAACUAUAUGACUGACUUCCAUAACGCUGGCGGCAUGUUAUGCCUCCUGCAUCGCCUUAGACCCCUGCUCCACCUUUCAGCAAAGACCAUUACAGGAGACACGCUUGGUGAGGUGCUGGACCGGAGCUCUUUUCGUGACUUUGAGUAUUCUCGCCAAGUCAUCCGGACUCUUUCCAACCCCCUGCACCCGUGCUCCUCUUUGAUUGUUGUUGCAGGCAAUGUCGCCCCCAACGGAGCCGUGAUCAAAGCCUCAACAUCGAAAGACAAGAGGUUACUCCGUCACAGCGGCCCUGCUGUUGUCUUCGAGAACCUUCAAGACCUUGCGCUACGACUCGACGACCCCGAUCUUGACGUGACUGCGGACUCAGUACUUGUGCUCAAAUCUAUAGGUCCUAUCGGGAACCCCGGUAUGCCUGAGGCAGGUAUGAUCCCUAUCCCACGCAAACUAGCUGCACGCGGGGUGACAGAUAUGCUUCGGAUCUCGGAUGGGCGGAUGUCGGGUACCGCAGGGGGUACGAUCGUCUUACACGUCUCGCCAGAGUCGGCUAUCCCAGAUUCGCCAUUCGCAGUCAUUCAAACAGGCGAUAUCAUUGUUUUUGAUGCAGCGAAUCGUCUCUUGCGCUUGGAGGUUAGCGACGAGGAGCUUCAACGAAGGAUUACCCGACGACAACAAGAGAUAACAGAGAGUGCGGACUCUUCCUGGAACAAAAGAUUCACAAAGCGGGGAUAUUGGGGCCUUUAUGAGCGGGAGGUGAAUCAGGCUCAUGAUGGCGCUGAUUUUAACUUUCUGACUGCAUCGGACUCUGGUACCUAG